AUGGGAAUGAAUGGUCCUGACACUGCGAGAGUUAGCGCCCCUAAUGCAAUUCGAAAGCCUGUGCGCAGCAAGCCUAAAAGGACAGUAAUAGUCUUACAUUUAUUUCGCUAUGAAAGCUUAGCUAAGGUGUAUCCAACGCGUACCGGAAGGGAAUUACAGUUGGAUGCUCGCAUAUACGCUACUUCAUGGCGCUUAGUUACAGUGGUCUUAAACUCAGCAGGAAACUAUUCGAACUGUCAAAGAAAGCUUGAACAGUGCAGUACCGUAGUGAGCAGAGAUUUACAGUAUGAGCCUCAGAAAAUCACAUCUGCUUCAUGUCUGAGCGGAGCCAAGCCCUCGUCUCUGCGGACACUAUGGAUGCAAAUAGGGAAUACUGGCAACGGCAAUUUCAUUGGCCAGCCUGAGUCCUACUCUAAUCACGUCAUACUGUCCCCAUCCAAUCGUAAAGCAAGUUCCGCAGCAGGAGACUGUGGGCAACGGGAUAAUGAAUGCCACAAGUUCCACAUAAGUUCACGCCAGGUUGUCAGCAAGGCUGGGCUGUUCCAGCGCACGGGCGGUCAAUGUCUACCCGGGUAG